CAGGCAGCUGGUUAGAACAGUUCCUCUUCUUCAGGGGCUGCCAGUAUGACAUCCUCAUGACAGGAAUCAGAAGUUAGCUUGCAUAGGCCACACAUUUUGUGUUUGUGUUUGGAAAGGAGAUCAUCCAUCUGCAAACUUGUGGCAACUGGAAGAUGCCAUGAAUCCAUUUCUUAUAGUCCUGCUGUUUCUUGGACUGAGCCCGAACCUCUGGAACCCAGCAUCAGCAGGGGCUCUCUCUAAACCUACACUGAGAGCAGUGCCAGGAAAUGUGGUAGCCGAUGGGAAUCAGGUGACAUUCAUCUGUGAAGGGCCCUCAGAAGUCAAAGAAUAUCGUCUCUACAAAGUAGGAAGCCAAGACUACCUGAUUCCAACAGCCCUUCUAGAAAUUGAGAAUAAGGCCGAGUUUUUUUUCUCUUUGGUUCAAUGGUACAAUGCAGGCCAAUAUUGGUGUUCUUAUACAAGCACCAAUGGCUCAUCAGAAAGCAGUGACACCCUGGAGCUGGUGGUGACAGGAUUUUUCUCCAGCAGACUCACUCUGUCAGCCAGUCCCAGCCCUGUGGUGAACUCAGGAGAACAUGUGAUCCUUCAGUGUGUGUCACAAGAGCCAUAUAACAUGUCCAUUCUAAUGAAGGAUGGUGAGAAGUUCUCGAGUCCCAUGCCCUUACAGAAAAUGUACUCUGGCCAAUUUAGAACCCUGUUCUCAGUGGGUCCUGUGACCUCCAACCAGACAUGGAGGUUCACAUGCUAUGGUUAUUUGUUGAGUAGCCCUCAGCUGUGGUCGGUGUCCAGUAACCAACUUGAGCUCCUGGUAUCAGGGACCCUUCGCAAGCCUACCAUAUGGGCUGAGCCAGGCUCUGUGAUCACCUUAGGGAGUCAUGUUACCCUCUGGUGUGAGGCAACCCUACCAACCCUAAUCUAUGUGAUAUAUAAAGAGGGAAGCCCAGAACCUUGGGACCAACAGAACCAAAUAGUCUCCAACAAUAAGGCAAAACUCACCAUUUCAUCUAUGACAGAAUUGAAUGCAGGGAGAUAUCGCUGCUACUCUUACACCUCUACUGGAUGGACAGAACGCAGUGCCACCUUAGAGCUGGUGGUGACAGGAGUCUACAACAAUCCCAUCCUGUUGACACUGCAAGACCAUGUUGUGACUGUAGAAAUGUCUGUGACCCUCUCUUGUACCUCAAAUCAUUCAUACAACUGGUUCAUUUUAACUAAGAAUAAUCAGAAGUUCUCGCGUAGUCAGCGUUCACAAAAAAACCAAACUGGUUUGUUCUUUGCCAAGUUCCAAGUGACACCAACGGCUUUCAGCCCAAGGUGGAGGUUCAGAUGCUAUGGCUAUUACACAAGUAAUUCUCAGGUGUGGUCAGAAGGGAGUGACCUUUUGGAACUUCUGAUCUCAGGAAAACUUAAGAAACCCACUUUGAGGGCUGAGCCAGGAUCUGUGAUUGCCUCAGGAAAUAAUGUGACGAUCUUAUGUGAGGGGACCGAGGGAAAGCAACCAAUGUAUUUCCUCUAUAAAGAAGGAAGCCCAGCACCAUGGGACAGUCAAACCCCAAAAGAUCCUGGUAACAAAGCCAUGUUCUCAAUAGCAUUUGUGGAACAGCAUCAUGCAGGAAAAUAUCGCUGUUACUCUUACAACUCUUCAGGGUGGUCAGAACGCAGUGACAUGUUGGAGCUGGGGGUGACAGGUGUCUAUCCUAGCAAAGUCACCCUGUCAGCUGUGCCGAGCCCUGUGGUGACCUCAGGAGGGUAUGUGACUCUUCAGUGUGUCUCACAACAGGAAUAUAACAGCUUCAUUCUAGUGAAGGAUAAUGAGAAGUUCUCCAGGCCUGUGUCCUCACGUGAUAUAUACCCUAAGCUAUCAGAAGCUCGUUUUAGAGUUGGUCCUGUGACUCACAACCAGAGGUGGAGAUUUACAUGCUAUGGCUAUUACUGGAGUAGCCCCCAGCUGUGGUCAGUUCCUAGUAAUGACCUAGAGCUCCUGGUCUCAGGCACUCUUCACAAACCCACUAUCUGGGCUCAUCCAGGCUCUGUGAUCACCUCAGAGAGUCCUGUUACCAUAUGGUGUGAGGGCACCCUAGAAAGCCUUAUGUAUGUGAUAUAUAAAGAAGGAAGCCCAGAACCCAGUUACACACAAACCCAAAUAGACCAGAACAAUAAGGCACAAUUCUCCAUCCCAUCUGUGACAAGACUGAAUGCAGGGCGAUACAACUGUUACUCAUACAGCUCUGCUGGCUGGACAGAGCACAGUGAUACCCUGGAGCUGGUGGUGACAGGUGUUCACCAUGGUAAACCUACUCUGUCAGCUUUGCCCAGCCCUGUGGUGACCCCAGGUGGGAAUGUGACUCUUAAGUGUAUCUCAUCUAAAGGAUAUGAUUGGUUCAUUUUGACUGGGGCAGAUCAAAAUUUCUCCAGGUCCCAAAAGGCACAGUUUAGACACCCUGGACAAUCCCUAGCUCUGUUUCCUGAAAUCACCGUGGCAUCCAGUAAGAGUGGGCCCUUCAGAUGUUAUGGAUACUACACAAAUUCCACUCAUGUGUGGUCAGAGGCCAGCGACCCUUUGGAGAUACAUGUCUCAGGCUCUGUGAAUUCCUCCAUUGGUGGUCAGUAUAGAUGCCUUGGUGCACACAGUUCCUCCUCUGAGUGGUCUUCCCCCAGUGAUCCUCUGGACAUCCUGCUCACAGGACCGGCAAGGUACCAAAAGGCUGUGAUUGGCAUCUCUGUGGCCUUCUUUCUACUGCUCCUCUUCCUCACCAUCUUCCUUAUCCUCAGACUCAGGCAUCAGAACAAAGACAGGAAGGGAGUCCAGACAGAGACUCAUUUGCAACAUCAUGCAGAUUCGGUGACCAGGGACAAAAACCACCAGAAGAGGUAA